AUGGCAUCGAACAACGCAUCAGAUGCGACCUCUGUCGAGGAACUGACCUCCACAUUGAAGAACUUCGGGCUCGAUUCCGUCCCGCAACUCCCAAACACUUAUCCAACCCUCAACCCCAUCGACAUCUACCGCUCCCACAUCGCCUCCUUGAUCUCUCCGAUCGUCUCGGUUGACGCAAAGACAAUCCUCCCCACCAUAAGUUGGACGAACUCCUUGGACAAUGGCGACCUCAUGCUUCCGGCGGCCGCGCUCCGCAUCAAGGGCAUGAAACCGCAAGAGACGGCCGAGAAGAUCGCGUCCCAGUUCCCCGAAUCACCUUUGAUCGAGAAGCCGCUGGUGGCUGGACAAUUCAUCCGAUUCUUCUUCAAGGCCCUUCCGCUAUCGAAGCUUGUCGUACCGUCAGUCCUGAAGAAUGGCGCGACCUACGGGCUGAAUCAAAACCUCGGGUUGAAAGAUGCGUCCGACCCGUCGAAAGGACCGAAGAAAAUCAUCGUCGAGUUCUCAAGUCCAAACAUCGCGAAACCUUUCCACGCGGGGCAUCUGCGAAGCACAAUCAUCGGUGGUUUCCUAUCCAAUUUGUACCAGGGCGCAGGUUGGGAGGUGAUCCGGAUGAACUACCUUGGUGAUUGGGGUAAGCAGUAUGGCGUUUUGGCGGUGGGUUUCGAGAAAUUCGGCAGCGAAGAGAAGCUGUUGGAGAACCCGAUUGGUCAUUUGUAUGACGUGUACGUCAAGGUCAGCGCAAUUGCGCACGAGGAGGGAGAGAAGAUGAAGGCACUGAAAGAGAAGAUCACCGCGGCCAAAACCGCAGGAGAGUCUGCAUCAGAAGCCGAGGCGGAGUUGCAGAAGAUCCAAGAUGAAGGCAUCGACGAGCAGGCCCGGAAGUACUUCAAGCGCAUGGUCGAUGGAGACGACCAUGCUCUGGGCGUCUGGAGGAGGUUCCGAGAUCUCAGCAUCACCAAGUAUAAGCAGACCUAUGCUCGACUAAAUAUCAACUACGACGAGUACUCCGGUGAGAGCCAGGUAAAAGACGAGAGCAUGGACAAGGCAGCGAAAAUCAUGGAGGACCAGAAAGUCAGCGAGAACAGCGACGGGGCCGUCAUUGUCGACUUGACGAAAUACAGCAAGAAGCUUGGCAAAGCGAUCGUCAAGAAGAAGGAUGGCACAAGUUUGUAUCUGACCAGAGAUAUCGGGGCCAUGAUGGAGCGAUAUGACAAGUUCCAUUUCGACAAGAUGAUCUACGUCGUCGCCAGCCAGCAGGACCUGCAUCUUGCGCAGCUCUUCAAGAUAGUUGAUGCCAUGGGUCUCAAGGAGAUUGCGGAGAAGUGCGUCCAUAUCAACUUCGGAAUGGUCCUGGGCAUGAGCACUAGGAAAGGCACAGCGAAGUUCUUGGACGAUAUCCUCCGAGACGUCGGCGACAAGAUGCACGAGGUGAUGAGGUCGAACGAGGAUAAGUACGCGCAAGUCGAAGAUCCCACCCGGACGGCCGAUAUUCUUGGCAUUUCGGCCGUCAUGGUCCAGGACAUGACCGGGAAGAGGAUCAACAACUACCACUUCGAUAUGGACCGCAUGACCUCCUUCGAGGGGGAUACUGGUCCCUACCUCCAAUACGCCCACGCUCGUCUCACCUCCAUCCUUCGGAAAGCGUCCGUGCCUCAGGAUGCACUCCUCUCCGCCGACCUCUCUCUCCUCACAGAGACCCACGCCAUCCACCUAGUCCGCAUGCUCGCCCAAUGGCCCGACGUGUUCUUCAACACCAUGCGCACGCUGGAACCGAUCACGGUUCUCACCUACCUCUUCCGGAUGACGCAUUCGCUCAGUUCGAGUUACGACCAUCUGCAGGUGGUCGGCAGCGAGGAGAAUCUGAAGGUGGCGAGGAUGGCGCUGUACGUGGCAGCGAGGCAAGUGUUGGGCAACGGAAUGAGGCUGUUGGGGUUGACGCCGCUGGACAGGUGGGUCUUACCAGUGCGGCUAACAAGUGGAAAUGAUGAGCUAAUCGACGCUUAG